UCAAACACACAUUUCCCAUUCAUCCUUCUUCAUCUAAUUAAUGGAUCCCAAUUUUCAGUUCUCCGCUUCAUCCUCCACCGCCGCCAAGAUCGAACGCCGAAUCAUAGAAAAAAACCGAAGAAAUCAAAUGAAAAACCUCUGUGAUCAACUCAAGUCCCUCGUCCCACAACAAGAUUCAAAGGAGGUUUCAUUGGCAUUGCCCGAUCAGAUUGAUGUAGCAAUUAAGUACAUAAAAGACCUGGAGAAGAGAGUGAAUUCAGCUAAAGAAAAGAAAAAUCGAUUGCAAGGGAAAAAUAAAAGCGCCAUAAACAUGGAUUCUUCUUCUUCUUCUUCUUCUUCUUCGUCUUCUCCUCAGCUUAAAAUAAACCAAAUGGGUAAAAGUUUAGAGAUAAUAUUAAGCAGUGGAAAUGAUAACCAGUAUCUGUUAUGUGAAACCCUUCGGAUUCUUGAAGAAGAAGGCACUGAAGUUGUGAGUGCAAGCUUCUCUGUUUCUGGGAACUCUGUUUUCCACACCAUCCAUGCACAACUUGGUGAUUCGAUGGUCGAAUUUGGGAUGACGAAAGCGACGGAGAGAUUGACGAGAUUGGUUUACAGGUCGAACAGCGAUGUUGAAUUGCAGAAGGAGGAGAAGCAAUGGUGGAAGGAAUUUCCAUCUGAGAAUUGGGAGUUUUAAGUAUGGAAAAUAUUAUGUUUAAUUAAGAAAGGAAACACACAUGAGAUUCUAAAACAGAAAAAGAAAAAGUACUGAAAACAGAAAGUAUUUGUGAGUCACAGUUUGUUGGUUCCAAAUGUAUUGGGACUUUACAACAAAACAACUUCGGUCUAUGCAUCUGUUGAAUAAGAAAUUUUGAGACCAA